AUGCCCGUUGAAGGUUAUAGGGUUAGGGUUAAACUAUCCAAGUUCUACAUAGUGCGUGGUCCGACGCGCCCCCGUCCGAUUUUCUCCGUCCCUGAUUGGCCGCCCGUGCGUGCUCCCGCUCCCGCCUCCGCGUGCCCGCAGUGGGGCCCGGUCACAGUCGAGCUCCCUCUUCCUCUUCCCUUCUCAUAUCUCAUGGCACAGAUGCUGGUGGUACAGCAGGCAGUUCAGAUGGCCGAGGAUGGGCAGGUGGAGCACCCUGCAGAUGCGCUGGAUGCCAUGCGUGAACGCUUCCUCCUCCCAGGAGUGGCUGCCCCCUUUGGCUGGGUGACCCGGCUGCGGACAUUCGGCAAGCGAGUGCAGAACACCACCACGAGUCUAGGGUAUGUCUACUGGAGCGAUGACCAGCAGACUCUAAGCUACAGAGAGCUGCAUCUAAGCAUAGCAGGGCUCCGGCGCUUCGUGCGCACGCAGGUGGAGCUGACACAGCACAAGCUUGAGCAGCUCUUUCUUGUUCAUGAAGAGGAAGCACGGGAGGUGGUAGUGCCACGCCUGGUGCUGGCCCAGCUGGCGGACAGCCCUACAAACAAUCAGCGCGGCUGGAACUUCCUUCGAGCACCGCAGAACUGCAAGGCCCUUCCAACCACAGGGGAGCGAUGGCUGCUGGACCGAGUCCUCACAACAGACAGGCUCCGGGCAGAGUGGGUAGCUGUACGGCCAUCUGAUCAUCAGGUGGUCUGGGACACAGCAGUGGUAGAUGACUAUCUGCAGCAGGUGGAUGGAUUUCUUGAGCAGCUGCUUCUUGUGGUUCAUCUCACUGGGGGCCAGCCUGCGCGGGCCACAGAGCUGCUCAGCAUACGGCACAGUAACACGGUCUGCGGCCGCCACCGCAGCAUUUUUAUUGAACAUGGGCUGGUGAGCAUGGUGACAACCUAUCACAAAGGCUACAGCAUGACCAACUCCACAAAGAUCAUCCACCGCUAUCUGCCAGCAGAGGUCAGUGAGCUGGUGGUGUACUACCUCUGGCUGAUUCUACCUUUCGCGCGGGCGGUCCAGCGGCUUGCAUAUGGAGACAGUGAUAGCCAAGGGGGGCUGCGGUCACCAUUUCUCUGGCCGCGGGGGCAUGGACCGUGGGACAGCAGCCGGCUGCGGGUGGUGCUUCAGCGCGAGGCAAAGACACACCUCCAGACCAAGCUCAAUGUAAUCACUUGGCGGCAUGCCGCCAUUGCCAUCUCGCGUAUGCACCUGUCCUGUGGAGGGUUCAAGCGGGAAUAUGGGGCAGAUGAUACGGCAGUAGACCAGCAGGCAGGCCAUGGAUCCUGGGCUGCAGGUACAGUAUAUGCGCGGGGGCUGCAGGAGGCACCAGGCCACAUUGAGGCACGGCGUGUGCGGUACCAGGCUGUCAGCCGGGAGUGGCAUGAAUUCCUGGGGUUUAACCCAGGGGUGCGAAAGCGGGCACGGAACAUGGAAAAGAGCGUUAGCAGAAAGGCUCAAAAACAGCAGCCAUCAUAUGUAACAGUAGAAAUAGAUGACAACAUAGAGCUAUAA